UCUGUACCAGCUGUUUUUGGUUUUGUGCAGCUAGCUGUUUUUGUAAAUUUCUGUAAUAUUCCUUGGUCUGGUCAGGAUUUUUACAGUGUGACUCGCAAGAAUGUUUCAUAAGCCAUUUAGAGUCAAGUCCCAAUCAGCAAUCAGAAGUUCUGACAGGAAAAAACUCCGAGCAGAAAUCAAGAGUCAGUUUGUGGAUUUGACCGAAGAUGAGCUUCGUGAUCUUGUGCCCAACAAAGAGGAGAUGUCGGUGAUGAAGAUUUUCACACACUCUGAAGAUAAUGUCAUGGUUUAUGUUUUGAAGAAGAAUCCCAUCUUCUUUGAGGUGGACCGAGUGGUUUAUCCUACAGUGUACACGUUGUGGAAAUUCCCAGAUCUUUUGCCAGUGUUUACAACGUGGGCGCCUGUCAUCCAGCGUCUGCAAAAAGGAGCAGAUCUGAUGCUUCCUGGUGUCAUAGUGAAGGGUCCAGUCACUCCAGAGACCUUCAAACAUUUGGAUAAAGGAACUCCUGCUUCAGUGAAUCUUCUACCUAAUAAGGCACCUAUUGCCAUUGGUAAGACAGCGAUGUCGGGCAGUGAUAUGUACCUUAGCGCCAUGAGAGGAAAGGGAGUCAUGCUCUACCAUGUUUACAAGGACCAGUUAUGGGCCCAUGGAGACAAGAGCAAUCCACCAGAAUUGGGUGGGGCAAUACAGGUUGAUGAGAAUGUAACAGAUGGUGGUUUGGAAUCUGGGCUAAAAGAAGAUGCUGAGUCAUCAGGAACGACAUUGAAUGGAGGUGGAGCAGACAUAAAAGUAGAAGAAGCAGACGUAGCAUUACCAGGAGCAUCUGCUGUAGAUUCUGUGAUUGAAGAAACGACGAGACACUUGAGCACUUUAUCUUUAGAAAAUAAUGUGUCCGAGACUCCAGACGAUGAUAUCAUUUCAUUGGAAAGUGGUGCUAUGUGUGCUGGUGCUGGUGCUGGUGGUGCUUGUGGUAACGGUGCUGCUGAAGAUAUGAGUGAUAUUCAGGGAGAGGCUGAGGCUGCCUAUGUGGAGGAACCAUUAUCUGAAACAGAACAAAUGGACAAGCUGCUAUAUGACUCGCUUUUACACUCUCUGAAAGCUACCAUAAAGAAAACCGAUUAUCCAAUUCUUACCAGUAAAUUAUUUCGAUUACAUAUGGUACCUUGUUGUCGUGGUAAAGACUUAGAUCUGAAAAAGUCUAGUUAUAAAAAGUUGUCAAAGUUUCUUCAAGAAAUGGAGAAGAGAAAUCUCUUAGGGGUAAAGGAACUUUCUAAAGGUGUUGAAAGUGUCACUGCCGUCAAUAGAGCUCACCCUGACCUGAGGUCAUUCACCGUCCCAGAUCUUCCUGAAGAAGAAGAAGAUGACGAACCAGAUGAUGAAAAACCUUACGUACCGCCAGAGAUUGUCGACAUGUUUGGUGUAUCAGCAGCUGUGUUACCCUUGUUCUCAUUGGUUGGUUACAAGAAGGGUUCAGCGUUGAUGCUGUCAGAUGUGAGGAAGGCUAUAACAGGUUACGUGAAGGACGAGGAGCUGAAGGAUCAGGAAAAUAAAGGAAAAGUGAUUUUGGAUCCUGUUCUCACAGAUGUGUUGUUUAGAAGUGAAGGAGCUACAAGUGUGCGAUAUGACGAGUUAAUCAAGAGGUGUCUUGAGAAGAUGUCCCCAAUGCAUCAGAUGACGUACCCAGGGGAGAAACCAGUCGUCAAGAAGGGCAAGGUGGAACCUGUCACUUUCAUGAUAGCACAGAGGGGUGGAAAUAAAAAGGUGACCUUGAUCGAGAAUCUUGAACAGUUUGGUAUCAGUCCGAAGCAGUUUGCACACGAGGUUCAGAUUGGAGUAGCGUGUAGCACAUCAGUCAGUUCACUGCCGGGGAAGGCACAAGGCAUGCAGGUUCUCGUCCAGGGAAAUCAAAUCAACUUUGUAGCAGAAUUAUUAGCAGACAAAUAUCAACUGAAUAAGAAAUACUUACAAGGAUUAGAAAAGGCUCCAAAAGGAAAGAAGAAAAGAUAAGGACCUUGCCACACGAGUGGAGGCUCAGGACAAGAGAGUUUGAUACAAAGAUCCAUUGAUUGGGGAACCUUGAUGUUCACCAAAACAUUCAUUCUUUCGUGGUAUCUCAAUGUGAAAAUGACUGAAUAUGUAUGUGCUGCUUAGAGACGGUCACAACAGUGAUAUGGAGGACAUUUUCAACUUGAUGUUGAAAAUGGACGAAACUGUCAAAUUUAAGUUAUGA